GGAAGUUUAAGAGCUGCUGCUUAUCAUAAUAGCUGCUAAGAAUAACAGAGAAUAAAAUGAAUAAAUGAGAGAGAAGAAUUCUGGGAGCAAAUGUGUGAUUUCCAUGCAUUCCAGGACUACCACCACCAUACAAGACCCUAAGAAUCCAGAACACAGGAAGACAUUUACUUUUGACCUGGCAUAUUGGUCUCACGAUGGAUUUCAGAAGGAUAAAGAUGGCGUGUUUAUUUCAGUUGAUCCUAGCAGUCAAUUUGCAAGCCAGAAAGAUAUUUUCCACGAUCUCGGUAGGGGAAUUCUGGACAGCGCUUGGCAAGGUUAUAAUGCCACCCUCUUAGCCUAUGGCCAGACUGGCUCUGGAAAAAGCUAUUCCAUGGUUGGGUUUGGUGCAAACAAGGGUAUCAUUCCAAAUGUGUGUGAAGAGCUCUUUCAAGCAAUUGAGAAGCGGGAGGGAAAUCAAGAAUACCAGGUUACAUUCAGUAUGCUGGAAAUUUACAAUGAACAGAUAAGAGACUUGCUAUCUAAAACCAAGAAACCUGAGAGACUAAAAGUGAGAGAAGAUCAACAGCUGGGCUUUUAUGUGGACGGCCUGAAGUCAGUGCCCUGUGAGAACUAUGCACAGAUUGAAAGGCUGAUGGAACAAGGGACAAAGAUAAGGACUACAGCAUCGACCAACAUGAAUGCCAGCAGCAGUCGGUCUCAUAUGGUCAUUACCAUUCAGUUCAAGCAGGUUUUCCUAGACAGAGACCUCACCAAGCAAUCCAGUAUUAAUUUAGUGGAUUUAGCAGGAAGUGAAAGACAAAAAUCUUCAGGAUCUGAAGGAGAUAGACUGAGGGAAGGAUCACGAGUUAACUUAAGUUUAACCAAUUUAGGAAUUGUUAUCAGUGCUCUAGCUGAUGCAGCCAUGGGGAAGAAAGUCUUGCACAUUCCCUACAGAGAUUCUGUUCUGACCAAACUGCUGCAGCCAGCUCUGGGCGGCAACAGCAGAACUACUUUGAUAGCAGCCAUAAGUCCUGCUGACAUCUGCUAUGAAGAAACGUUGUCCACGUUAAGAUAUGCUGAAAGGGCUAAAAAGAUCCAGAACAAAGCUGUGGUCAACACCUCAAUGCUGAUGAGAGAGGCAGAGGCGGAGAACAACAAAGUUCUGCUUGCACGCGGAAAUUCCAGAAUGGCAGAGCUGCCGGCCUGCCUCCUGGCAGAUCAGAGCCUCGGACAGCAGACCGGCCAGGUGACCUGGGCACACCAGCUGGAGCAGGCUCGGGAGGAGUGGCAGCAGCAGUACCUGGCCAUUGCCCAGGAGCGGCAGAUGAUGGAGACCUUCCCACACCUUCUCAACGUCAACGAGGACCCGCAGCUCACGGGAGUCCUCAAGUACUUCAUUCAGGCUGGCUCCUGUGAUGCUGGUCGGGCUGCUUCAAAUGCCAUCCCUCUUCUAGGUUUGGGAAUUUCAGAUAAACAUGCUUCCUUCACAAAUCUGGACGGGAAAGUGACAGUCACUCCACACAGCAAAUGCAACGUUGUUGUCAAUGGGGUGCCCAUCACGACCACGACAAAGCUGCAGCAUCUGGACCGCGUUAUCUUGGGAUCCAGCAGCGCCUACCUCUACAUUGGGUUUCCUUCAGAGCGAGGCAGCGAAGACUUGAACAGGUUUGACUAUGACUUUUUCCAGCUGGAGAGAGCAGCUGUGGAGGGAGUGAGCAUGGACAAGCUUGGGGCCGUGAGCCACGGGGAUGGAAUGGCAGACCCCAGCGUGCUGGCUGUGUUCCAGGACUAUGUCAAACUGAUGCCACUGGUGGCAGAAGCGAAUCAAAUGGGCGAAGAGCUGGAGAAGGGACUCAGAAUGGAACUGAAGGUGAAGAAUCUAGCAUCAUCCGACUCCAGAGGUUACGACCUAAAGAAAGAGGUCAUGGUGAAGGUGACAAACCAGAGGACUCAGGAGGUGUGGAUUUGGUCAAAAGCCAAGUUUAUCAACAGGAAGUUCCUGAUGGAGGAACUGUACCAGCGCUUUCUAGAAGGGGAGGACAGCCACGUGGCCCAGGAAGACGACCCUUUCUGGGACCCCGUCGAGGCGGUGCACCUGGGCUCGGCUCACGUCUGGCUCCAGCCGCUGGCCCACUGCAUGAAACUCGAGGAGCAGGUGGAGUUCCUGAGCUGCGACGGGACGGAGGAGGCCACGCUGCACGUCCACGUGACGCCCUGCUCCCCGGCGGGACAAGCGUGCAGUGAGGAGGAUGUGGUUAUUGACACUGCGGAGUUGCUGGGCAAGAGGAUGGAUUUCCAGAUUGGCCUUGUGCGGUGCCUUGGCAUCAAGUGGCUCAAGGAAGGCGCGGAGCGGGGCGUUCAGAUGGGUUACAGAAUGUAUGAUCUUUCAAGCACUUUCUAUACCAAGCCUGUGUGGAAAAUUGUGAAUCCCCAAAUAGAAGAAACAGUCCAAUUUACAGCCUUAAAUGCAUCUCAGGACUUUCUGAAUUAUUUACAAACAAAUGCUCUCAUUGUCGAUUUAUGGGGUCUUCAAGAAGGCUGCGCCCAACUGAGCUGCUCUCAGCCAGACCUCAUGGUCACAAGUGAAGGCCAUGUCAUGGUGGACACCAAGAAAAUUUCUGCAUUGGUGGAUACAGGCCAGACCACUUCAGAUCAGACUUCAGAACUUUAUAUGAAGUUGCUCAAGUUAGAACAGGAGACGGAACAGCUCCGGAACGUGAACAGAGCCUUGAGAGAGGAGAAUGUGCUUCUCAGACAAGCACUUGAGAAAGUUGGUUCUCCCCAACAAGCACAUGAGCCUUCAGAUGCCCUGAAGGUAACUCAGAGGACAGCACACCUGUUGGCAGCCAGAGCCGAGAAUGACAGGCCGGCUCCGCCUGCAGCCAGCUCCGACAGGGAGUUAGCCAAUGCUCUCAAGGUCUUCUACCAAAGCAUGAACACGGCAAGAGGACGGUUUCUCAGACUGAGACAUUAUAAACCUCCUGUAGAAGAUGUGCCUACUCCUGAAGCCUGCACCCUCCUCCAGAGAGUCAGCUGAUUCUGCAGAGGAUUCAGCCCUUCACGCCCUGAAGCAGAGGUUGUCAAAGUGUGGUCCCCGGCCAGCAGCCUCAGAAUCAUCAGUGGUUUUAGAAAUACAAACCCUCCUAA